AUGGACCCUAUCAAGGGAAUCUUCACCAACAACUACUUCGGUGACUACUACGGCAACAUGGGCAUGGCCAACUAUCAGGUGACCAACGGCCUCUUCGCCAACUGGCCCAUUGCCCACUGGACAAGCGAGCGCUUCGGCAGUGAGAGCCACAUGGCGAAGGGCAACCCGUGCAUCGAGAAAGAGUACUUCACGGGGACCACGGCCAGUGUCUGUGACCGCUGUUGCAUGGACACAACUGGUACCUGUGAGUGCGACGAGGAGACGGACACCUACUCAACAUUCCUGCGGGCCCACGACGACUGCACCCCGUGGGUGGCGCGCUGGCCGGAAGAUCCCGACGGUCUGGGAAAGUUGGGAGGCACCUGGAAACUCGUCUACAACGAGGAGGAUUUCAACAACUGCACGGACAUCAAACAGGUCCGCACGUGGAUGGAGUGGCAGGACUGCAUCGAGAUGAGCACCUUCAUGUGCAGUCAGCGGUUCAAGCGCAUCAGCGUCGAGCCAGGAUUUCUCUCGACGUUCCGCCAGCUGAUCCUGCCCCAGAUGCAGAAGCGAGCGGAUGCGAUUUCCGAGGACACGGAGUAUGGCAAGUACGUGCGCAAAGCUGUCCGGAAGCUUACCGACACGGCUGAGCAGGAGAGUCAGUACUCCGACGCCUUCACGAGCGUGCUGCAAGAAAUCAUGAAGCAACUCUGCGGGGACUACAUGCUCUACGGCUUCAUCCGAGACCGGAUCCAUCUCGGCAAGCAGAAGACGCCGAUUUACCCACGCUUCUUCCAUUCCCAGGCCCACAUCAAGUUCGGCAAGGACCUUUUGGAUGUGACGACGUCGCCUAAUGAAGCAGCCGCUUUCACCGGCUACCAUUCAGACAUUGACCGCAGCAGCAUGACGUGGAUGAU